AUGAACGACCAUGGCAUGUACAGACAUGUCCUCGACGACGAAUUAUUCAUGGGCGUCAUGGGCAUACUCAAGUAUGAUCCCGAGUUCCCCAACCACAAAGCCAACUAUCGCCAGUAUAUCCGAGAAUCCACCCUCUUCUAUGAGCCUAUUGCGGUGCACAAUCUCGCAAUCCGCAGAAAGAUCCACCAGACAUACAGGCUAGUUCUUGAAAGACGUCGUCCUAGCUCAGGCGCUAGACGAAGCACUUUCAGCGUUCUGAACAGCUGCAUCAUCUUCAACCAGGUCGACGGCAUCUCCCAUAUACAGAAUGACGAGACAUUCCUCCGCGACAUCGCCCGCCUCCUCGUCGAGGGCGAGCCUAUACCGCCUUUGCCACCACCGCCACCACUCCUGGAUAUCGACCGCCCCGAGUCAGUAGAGGGUGCUCCACCAAAGAAGCCAAACAGAGUGCCGUCGCAUACACCACCAGGCGUCGUUUCCCUUGACCACCACGAGGACGAGGCGGGACGCGCGGAUACUGCAUUAUUGCAACGCCGACGUGAGGUCAUCGUACUCAUACAACAGUUGUGCGUCAUGGGCAAGGUUGUGCAAUUACCGUCACGAAUGCAGCUCUUCAAGAUGCUCGUUGACCGAGGGAUCUUGCAUGCAUUACACUGGGCGCUCACGAACCCCGAGGACGAGCCUUCGGGCUUGCAGACCAUUGCUAUCGCGGGCGAAGUUCUCAUGACGCUGCUUGAUCAUGACGUGAACGGCGUGCGAGAACAGGUGCUACGGCAGUGCGAAUACUUUGCUAGCCGUGGGGAACCCGAUCUGAGCUUGCUAUCGCUUCUUUGCAAUCGUCUCGUGCGGAGCACAGACCUUGCAGUGCAAACAUUGCACUGCGACGCGCUCCGUGCCCUUCUGGAGAUGCCAAACGAGGGCAGUCAAGAGGCGAUCAUACCGACGACGCUUUUCUCGCGCAUGCGUGACGAGGGCAAGACGGAGAAGUUCUUCGACUACUUCUACCAGUCGUGUAUCCGCCCACUAGUCGAGCCCAUUAUGUAA